CAGACACUGAAGCCAGGAGGGAGAGAGAAAUAACCAAAACAUGUCUGUCUGAGGGAAAUGGACACAGCCAAAUCCAGUCAUCCAUCAAAAAGACCGGAACUAAGCAAUGUCAUGGCCCCAGAGGAAACUGCCCCUGGUGACAAAAAAGAAAGACAGCGAGAGGAAGAGAAAGAAACAGACAUUAACACCCCGGAUGUAUUCUAUGCAGUAAUAUCAUCCAGCCAACGGAGGGCACAAGAGAAACACAAAUACAAUACUGUAGGCUAUCAGAAAAAGAAGCAGAGGGCGGCUGUGGACUUUUCUACAGUGAGCAAGGUAACAUCUACUGGUGUCAAGACCAGAGGUGCAUUAAUGCAGGUGUUUUUCAGCCAGGGAGUGUCUGACAAAAAUUCCACACAUGAGGAUCGAUCAGGUGGCAUACAGGGACAGGUGGAUACACUGAAGCAGGUUCUGGACUCUUUUAAUGUACCUGCUGACCUGAGGUGGAUGUGGGGGGAGGGAUGUACUGAAAGAGCACUGGAACAGACCUGGACUGAUAUAGUGUGCUCCUAUGAGUCUAUGUCGAAAACCCAGAGACACCAGCAGGAGGCGCUGUGGGAACUGCUUAAUACUGAGCUCACCUACAUCAACAAACUAAAUAUUGCCAAAGACCUUGUGCUGGCUGCACUGUCACACUGCCAUGGAUACGGAUUCCUUCAAGAAGUCACACCCACAAUGCUCUUUUCCAAUCUUCCCUCUAUCCUUGAUGCACAUUGUAUCUUUUGGCAGGAAGUGAUGUAUCCAAUGUUACAAGAGGUCCGUCUCACUGGUCGACCUUUUGACCCCAUGAAACUUGAGGCAGGAUGUUUACAGUUUCCUGAACGUUUUUCUGCAUACUUUGAAUACUGUUGGGAAGAGGAGAGAAAUGUUGUGUUUACACGCAGACAGCUUGACACAAACCCACAAUUUCACACAUAUCUUACGUGGGUGGAAAAUCACCCGCAGUGUGGGCGAAUGAGGCUGGGCGAUAUACAGGCUAAACCUCACCAAAGAAUUACCAAAUACCCCCUUCUGCUAAAAGCUGUUUUGAAGACCACAGAAGACCUCCCCAUCCAAAAUGCACUUCAGAGAAUGUUGAACAGUGUCAAUAAUUUUCUGGAAUCAAUCAAUGACUACCUACAAAUUAAAGACGAUGAACUUUCCCUUUCUGUUGCUGCUCAAAGAAUAGAGGGAUACCAAAUAGAAGGUUUGAGUGAAGAAAUAGACAAGCAUGUUCGAGAGAACUGCUGCUUUGAUCUGAGGAGCCCAAUGAGGGGGGUGGGGCCAAAGGUCAUACGGAAGCAGUUAUUGGAAGAAACUUUGAAGGUCAGAGGAAGGAAGGACAUUAAGGAGCUUGUGGUCUUGCUCUUCACUGAUGUGCUGUUGAUGACUAAAACUCAGAAGAAAUCCGACAAGCUGAAAGUAGUGCGCCCCCCUCUGCCUCUGGAGAGGAUAGACUGCAUUGAGCUGAAAGAUGGCUAUUCAUUUGUGCUGGUGGAGGUUGGUGAUCUGGGUUGUGCUGUCAGUGUAUACUGUCUGUCCACACCCAGCCCAGACAGCUGCUCGUCAUGGGUGUCUGCUCUGCGUGAGGCUCAGACUGCCCUAGACACCCUGAGGAAAAAUAAUUCAAACAAAACAUUGAAGACAACAAAUGAGACCGAGUCAAAUGGAUUAGAAAGACCUCUCACUCAUGACGAACGGACCACUACAGUCAAGGAGGAUUCCAGUAGCCAAUCAGAAUGUGAUAGUGAUUCUCUCUCAUUGAAUGCACCUUAUUUGAAACAAAUUAACAGCAUCUCUGAUUAUAGAACACAAAAAUUAGUGAAUGUAGAGCAAGCAAAAGUUCAACAGAGCUCUGCUCUAAUUGGUCAACAGAAUGGUCAAAGCCAAUCCGCUCAUGGAGGAGUUGCAAAAAAGAAUGAAAGUGGACUGAAGGGAACCGAAGGGAGAAACAGAAAAAAUAGCAAUGGGAAGCAAUGGGAAGACAGAGAUGCUACAUUUAAGAAAAUUACAGAGAGGCGAGUCACAUGGAACUCUAGGGACAUUACACAACAGGACUUAUUUGUGAAAAACCAGUCAAAUGGAACACACUCUUUGUUGACAGGUGGACAUACUGAGAAAAAUGGUACUUCUAGCCAAUCCACACCAAGCACUUCUUUAUCAAACAAGUCUCUUUUAAGUCAAACACAGUAUGAGGUCAUAGUAGAAAAAGACCUAGAUGGAUCGCAAGACCAAGAAACCAGGAGGGAAUCUUUGUAUAGCCUAUCAGAGGAUGGUGAUGGGUUUCUCACAGAAUCAGGCAGGUUCUCCAGGAAGUUGAAAUCUCCCAGGUUACGUAGGAAGCGUCCGAUUAAUUCACAACCUUCUGUCCCACCUGAGAGCUUCAGGAUGGUUUCAGGUGGGGAUGGAUCAUUGGAAUUUACUUCCAAAACAAACUCUGAUGACAACAAGCGAAGGGCUUCCAACCCUUUCAUUAAACACCAGGAUACCCACCGAGUCUUAAAGCUGGGAUCUUUAAAGAACAACCACAGCAUUCUUUGGCAUGUGCCUGAAAUGAGGUCAUCACCAGACCUACAGACACUCUUAGAGCCUGAGCAAACAGAUGAAGGGAACCUUCAAACGAAACCCAAACUGAAGGGACAGAGGAGUGCCUCCAUCCCAGAGCUCUCUCCCUUCCUGCCUGACCACAGACUCAGCCCCUCACCACCACCUGGUUUGGACCCCCAACUUCACCCGUCUCCUCUCCAGGAUCUGCUGCAGAAAGCAAAGGAGCGGGGAAAGGAACGUGGAUUUCGAAAAAGAGAGGGAAAGGCAAAAGGUACAACUUUUUCUCUCCAAAAUUCUCCAACAAUCUCACCCUCUUCAUCACUGUCAGCCAGUGAAUAUGAGAGAGAGGUAGAGGGAGAGGAAUCACAAGUACACAGAACGAUUUCUGCAUGGGGAUGGAGAGAGAGAAAUGUGGAUGGAUAUGAGAAGAGGACGAAAGAGAGCAAUAAUUCCUCAGAGGGCAUCAGUGUGGACUGGCCAGGCUGGUGUUUUGAUGACGAGGAGGUUUCUGACUUUCAGGAUUUUGAUGAUGAAGACUGGUUUGAACAGACCACAAAUGAGCACCGGAGAUCAGAGCCGAAGAGAUCCGGGAGACAGGAUGAAGGAGAAUGCAGUGAGGUGUAGUUAUGCCUGUACUAAAAGUGGAGAUCUAGUGUACUCAGCUCUUUUGACUUGUAAAUGUGUAGAGGGGAGCAGAGUUGUGUUUAAAGCAGUGUAUAAAAAAUAAUGCAUAUUCUGUAAUGUUCUUUUAUAUAUAUAUUGUGGUAUGAAAAAUUGUAAUCAUGGUCAAAUAGCAAUAUAUAUAUUAAUAUUACAUUCAUUCUUAUAUCUAAAGCUUGCACAUUUUUUACAAAAUGUUAUCUAUAGUUAGAAAUAUGUGUGCUUAUAUGUAUUUGUGUACACAAUGCUUUCUCUUUUUGUCUGUAUAUUAUUUUACAAUGUAUAGCUAUUUUAAAACACCUGAAUUUUAUGUUCAUAACUUGUAUCUACUGUGCACAA